AUGCCUCGAGAUCGAAAAACAUCAAAAUGUGCCGAAGCUUGGAAAACGUCUAAGGAUCAGCCUAAAAGUGUUGAAAGCGAUUCUGAAAACACAGAUUCUGAUCCGGAAGAAGCAGCAGAAAGAGAUUAUGCUCUUCAGCACGGUCUUCCGUUUGUCUCUAUUCAACGUGAUGAGAAUCCUGUUACUGAAACUGAAAAGAAAAAACUGCGAGCUGCAAAGGUUAAUCAGGCGAAAGCAGCUCGCAAAGCUCGUUGUAGAGGAGUUUCCGGGAGUAUGACAAAAAAACAGAAGAGCAUCACCAAAGGUAAGAUAAACUUGGUCGGGUAUAGGGCAUUUCAUUUCCAGGCUGUUGUUGGGGACUUCGCCAACACAGAGUACGCUGUUGCUGGAAUUGUUGCAACUUCCCCGACACGAAAGAUGGUGUGGAUACGGUUCCAUAAAAAGACUAAUCAAGAAGUUUAUGCUGAAAGGGUCUUCAUAUUGGGAUCAGUCUCUAGUCAUUACAACGCUCCAGGGAUGAAACUUGUUCUAGAUAUGAUGAGCUGUUUAACUAUGCUAGCUCGAUUUGAAGUUCCCGGUUCUUUUUUCCACGACUGGGAUGCCUUGUAUGAUGAUGGUUACGACUUCAUUGAGUCUGAUGAGCAGAAUGAUGGUGGAAGUGGCUUGGUAAAUCCACAAAUUGAAAAUCAUAUCAACGGGUUACACUUAUGUGAUUUUGCUGUGAAUGGAGAUGGCGUGAAAGUUCGUCCUGAGGAGUGUGUAUCGGAAGGUGCAAAGUCGGGGUUGAGUGACGUUGCAAAAGCACAAGUGAUCAAUGAGAAAAUGCAGCUUGAAGGUAACCGUCCGAUAACUACUUCAGAUCUCAAGAGAACCAGUGCCAGGUUUUUUGGAGUAGUGGAAAUUGAGGGAUUUGUUUUAAUGAACAGUUGGAUGCUCCUGAUCGACGGCAAUUUUGGCCUGGGAGCGACCAGUGGCCAAAGUGCCAAAGGGCAUCUUCCUGGUUGA